GUAUCGGGCUAUUAGCCUAACCAAGAACCUUUCAGGCAUGACCCAAACAAAGCCCAAAUUUCUUUGCUUUCUUUUUACUUUUUCCUCCCUUUCCCAUCACCAAAAUCGCAAAUGUUAAUACAGGGGUCCGCCAGGGGUCCGCCAGGGGUUUCAAGUUAAAGAAGGAUAGGAGGAGUUACAGAAACAUAUGGGGGAUCCUUAUUACAGAUACCCUGCUUCUGCGGCAGCAGCAGAUAGAGGUAGUAUUCCAAGGCCCAGCUUUCCUGGCUACUUGUCAUCUGAAGCACCCUCAUUGGCAUCUCAUCAUGCUGAUAUGCAGGUUUCUUCUUCAGAUGUUCAAAAGAGAGAUAUAAAUCAAUUCCAGCCUGGGUUUUAUGGUGUGAACAAUAUUUCUAAUUCUGGAGUUUAUCCCGAUCCCAAUCUUGGUGGUUUAUCAGCUGCAGCAACCAUAAGGGCUUACCCAUCUUCUUUAGGAAAUCCAAGUUUAGGUGCCCAAAGAUGGGAUACUCCAGUAGGUGUUAGUUCAAGCGUGGUAGUUCAUUGCGAACCUAGUUUUGGUGGUGUAUCCGCUGGAGCUUCCAUUAUGGGUUACUCAUCUCCUCUCGAAGUUCCAAAUUUAGUUGGCCAUAGAUGGGAUGCUCCUGGCAUUAGUCCAAGUGCUGGAGUUCAUCCUGAACCUAGCCUUGGUGCUGUAUCAGCUGCAGCUACCAUUAGGGGUUAUUCAUCUCCACUAGAAAUUCCAAAUUUAGUUAGCCAAAGACAGGAUGCUUCCGUAGGCAUUAGUCUAAGUGCUCCUGCUCCCAGCCUUGGUGCCAUAUCAGCUGAAGCUAGCACAAAGGGUUACCCUCCUUCUUCAGAAGAUCCAACCUUAGUAGGCCAAAGACAGGAUGGUCCACUGGGCAUUAAGCCUGGUAUUCAUGAUGCUGUUGAUGAAAAGCCUGCCUCUACAAGAAACAGUGAUGGUCCCUCAGUUGCUGCUGAAGAAUCAAAUAUUUUGUUUGUUGAUGGUCUUCCAACAGACUGUACAAGAAGAGAAGUAGGCCAUCUUUUCCGUCCAUUUAUUGGCUACAAAGAUAUCAAAGUUAUUCACAAGGAACCAAGACAUAGUGGAGAUAGAGCCAUGGUUUUGUGCUUUGUAGAGUUCAAUAACUCAAAAUGUGCAAUGACUGCCAUGCGAGCUCUUCAAGGUUACAAAUUUGAUGACAAGAAACCUGACUCCCGGGCCUUGAUGAUACAAUUUGCACAUUUUCCUUUCCGUCUUCAAGCUGAUCGUGAUGAUCAACGGGUUUAAUGCUGACAUUGAUCAUAGUGCUGGUUGACCUCAUCCGUGACCUGGGAUGCGUUAUGGUAUGGACAUGUUGAUACCCAAUUUCAAUCAUGUUAACGGUUGUUACAAUCAGUUCUUAUGUUCUCAUGUUUUGCAUGUAAAAAAACCUUCACAUUCACUCUAGAUUUUCAAUGCAAAGCCAUACGUCUAUUUGACUGGGCAAAUACGUACAAUCCACUCUGCAUGACCUACAGAAUUUCGUUAUAUACGCGAGGCUUACAGGUAAAGCUCCUUGCAUCUCCUUUUUUUUUUUUUUUUUUUUUUGUUGGCAUCAUCCCCCUUGACAGCGGUAGACUUGCGAAAAGAAACAGAGAGAGAGAGAGAGAGAGGCAGACAGCAUUUCACAGAAGAAAAUGCAGAAACAAGAACUGCUAAAUCAUAUCAGAAAAUGCUGGUCCUGACUUCUGAAUAUAUGAACAUUUACAUUUUCUGAAUGGUUCAUGUGCUGAGAUGAAAUAGAAGUUUCUUAAAUCCAUAACUAAUUGCGCCAAUAUCACCCCUAGAAUUCAAAAAAAAAAAAAAAAA